AUGCGGCGCCGGCAAAAGGCGCCCCGAGAAGAGAAGCCCACUGCGCCGCCCAAGCCCGCCAACACCUACAUUGGAGAAGACAACUAUGAUUAUCCCCAGAUCAAGGUGGAUGACCUCUCCUCCUCCCCCACCUCCUCUCCUGAGCGGAGCACUUCUGCUCUGAAGAUGCAGCCAGGCCGGGCAUCACCGACUUCAGACAUUGAGUCAGUUGAGCGCAAGAUUUAUAAAGCUUACAAGUGGCUCCGCUACUCCUAUAUCUCCUACUCAAAUAAGGACGGAGAGAGCACCCUGGUGUCUGGGGAAGCAGAAGAAGGGAGAGCGGGAACCAGUCAUAAGGACAGCCCGGGCCCUUCCUCCAGUAAGGAAACCUGUCUAAACCUACCCUCUGAAGGCCACAGCGAGGAAGCUUUAAAAGAAGGGACUUCUGCUAAAAAUCCCAGCAUUGCCCCAGGCCAUGAGCACAGUGGCCACUCUUGGGCAGAGGCACCAGAGGACACCUCUCAGGACACUAACAAUGGUGGCUCCAUAGAACACUCUUUUGAAACUAAGAAGCUCAAUGGAAAGGCUCUGAGCAAGGCCCUGAGCAGCCGGGCCAAGGAGCCAUCCUCUCCUCCUGUCCCCAAGGCAUCUGGCUCUUCUCUCAACAGUGAGUCUGGCAACUGUCCCAGGACCCAAUCUGACGACAGUGAAGAGAGAAGCCUCGAAACCAUCUGUGCCAAUCACAAUAAUGGACACUUACACCCUCGCCCCCCUCACCCUCACAACAAUGGACAGAACUUUGGGGAGCUGGAAGCAGUGGCCUGCUCUUCUCCAGGACAUUCAGACACUGAGCACAAUUUGUCCCUGACAGGAGGUCUCCUACACAAUGGUUGUUGUGGGUCUGAAAUGGCCUGUGAGACCCCCAUUGCUGGAAUGAGAGAGGACCCUCCUGACCCCCCAGGCAUAGACAGCAGCAGGGCUGUUCAUGGCCAUGGUGGCCUCAAAAGGCACUGA